GGUUGUCAUCCAUUGAUACGAGUGCAGGAAGUCUUGUCUACGCUGCAGGAGGAGAGAACAGAUUGUGUGAGGUUUUCUUUGUUGCAGAAAUUAUGGCUUAAAACAGAAGACCACUAGGGGUCCCCAUAGCAUCCACAUCAUCAUCCUGUCUGGCUGCAGAAUCAUCUUUGUCCCAGCUGAAGCAAAGGCUAGGACAAAGCAGCCUGCAGUGACCCAGCACAGAAAACUCAGGGAGGAAGUGAAUGCCUUGGAAACACCCCUUCCUGAGCAGCAGAUGUCAGAAUGCGUGAGCAGAACAGAGGGAUUUGCUAAAUACAGAAGCUAGACACAUAAAAAAACAUAUAAAGCAUCUGCAUGACCUAGGAAGUGAAGCAUGCUGGGAAAGUGUCAUUGGGAGGAGAGAAGAUUACAGACCUGCCUUGUGCUAUUGGUGACAGUUCACAUGUAAACAGCCCCAGGUCUGCAGUGAGCCAUACCAAUGAAUGUGGUGUUAUCACUAAUCUGAAGCAAAUGGCAAGUCUGUGCCAUCUACAUUCCCUAAAUAAAAUGUCUAGGUUUCUGAAAUCUGUGACACAUUUCAAGCUAAGGAAGCUAUGGCUUUCAACUCUCAGUUCUCUUGUUGGAGAGAAGAAUCUGAUUCUAAUGGGACCUCCAGGUUCUGGGAAGACCUCUGUUGGCAAAGUACUUGGCCAAAAACUUGGUUGUCCCGCUAUAGAUGUAGAUGACGACGUCCUUGAAAAAACCUGGAAUAUGAGCGUCUCCAAUAAAUUGCAGGAUGUUGGCGAUGAGCAAUUUUUAGAAGAGGAAGGAAAAGCCCUGUUAAAGUUUUCAGCAUCUGGAAGUGUAAUUUCCCUUACGGGAUCCAACCCUCUUCACCCUAGCAGUAUGGAACACACUAAGAAAAACGGACUAGUCGUUUAUCUUGAUGUCCAUUCACAGGACAUUGUCGAGAGGCUUGAACGAAUGAAAGUGGAUCGCAUUGUUGGGCAAAGGUCCGGCAUUUCAAUAGGCGACAUACUUAGGAAGAGGAAACAUUUUUAUAAAAAGUGGUAUGAUGUGCGUGUAUUUUGUGAGACGGGGGACUGUGUAGAAGUUGUUGCUGACAAAGUGAUCAAUUCAGUUAAGAGAUAUCAGGGUGUACAUUCCGAAACCUUUGUUUCUACAAGAUCUCAAGAGACCAACAAAGAACCAUCAAAAUUUUUCAGUGAUGUGGUUAUAGAAGGUUUGGCCAGUGAUGGUGGACUUUAUGUUCCCAAAAAUGGCCUUCCCAAGCUUACCGCUGGUGAAUGGAAACGACUUGUGAAAUCGUCAUACGCCGAAAGGGCUCAGAUAAUAUUGGAGAGAUGUAUACACCCGGCUGAUGUACCGGCUGCAGUUUUAGGUGAAAUUCUUGAAAAAGCCUACAGUGACAACUUUUCUUGUAAUAAAAUCGCUCCGCUCAGACAUUUGUCAGGAAAUCAGUAUUUUCUCGAAUUAUUUCAUGGACCUACAGGUUCAUUCAAGGACUUGGCCUUACAGUUUAUGCCUCAUAUUUUUGCCUAUUGUGUCCCGAAAGUAUGUAACUACCUAGUCUUAGUAGCAACAUCGGGAGACACCGGCAGUGCAGUCUUGGAUGGAUUCAGCCAACUUAGUGACCUUGACAAGCGGAGAAUUGCCGUGUUUUGUCUUUAUCCAGAAAAUGGAAUAAGCCAAGUGCAAAAAUCACAAAUUAUCGCCUGCCAGGGAGAGAACGGAUUAGCAGCGGGGGUCGAAUCUGAUUUUGAUUUUUGUCAGAAAGCUAUUAAAGAAAUGUUUACCAAUCCCAAAUACACUGGAUUUCUUACAGCUGAAUAUGCAACAAGUCUAAGUACCGCUAAUUCUAUUAACUGGGCCAGACUGCUUCCGCAGAUCGUAUACCAUGCAUCUGGAUAUUUAGAUCUGGUGGAUCAAGGUGUUAUUACCUUUGGAUCCCCAGUCGACGUGUGUAUUCCUACAGGAAACUUUGGCAAUAUCAUGGCUGCAGUUUAUGCGAAACAAAUGGGAAUUCCUAUCCGUAAAUUCAUCUGUGCGUCCAAUCAAAAUAAUAUUUUGACUGACUUUAUAAAAAGUGGAGUUUAUGAUCUAAGAGGAAGAACACUGCUGCAAUCCGUCUCCCCGGCCAUAGAUAUCCUUAAAUCUUCUAAUUUAGAACGUUACUUGCAUCUGCUGGCAAACCAAGAUGGAUGCCUUGUCAACAAACUCUAUAGCCACUUGGGGAGUCAAGGUUAUUUUCAGUUACCCGAAAACUUACUUCUUCUUUUACAGCAGGAUUUUAUUGGUGACUGGUGCUCGGAGACAGACUGCGUAUCGGCGAUCCGUGCCUUUUAUGGUGCAACAGGAUACAUCCUGGACACUCACACAGCUGUUGCCAAAGUAGUUGCAGAUAGGGUGCAGGACCGUACUUGUCCAGUUAUCAUAUCAUGUACAGCUCAUUACUCCAAGUUUGCACCUGUUAUUUUACAAGCUUUAGGGAUUGAAGAAAUUAAGCAAAAUCCAUUAACUCAGCUCCAUGUGUUAAAUUCCUUCCACCCCCUGCCGCCAGCUCACACGUCUCUAUUAGGGAUGCUUAAAGACAAAGACAAUCGCACGAGCCAGAAAUGCCAGGCCGAUGCCAGCCACGUUAUGGACUGUGUAGAAAACUACCUCCAAAGUUUAUUUUUAAAGGUUUACUAAGGGCCAAGGCGGUAAUGAUCUCCUGGAAAAGCCAGACGUUUGAUAAGGAUAAAAAACACAAUAGCAAAAUAACUUCCGCCAAAACAGAUUAGGAAAACGAGCAAAACAUAGUAACAUUGCAGGAAAGCUAUUUCAAUGCUAAUUUGGAAAAAGGAAAGACCUCGGUAGAAACAAUCUAAAAUUAGGCUAAGAAAAUGACUUAUUUAAAGUGUUUUGCCAGGAAUUCAUUGUGAGCUGUAGGAAAACACGACACCAAAUACUUAGUAACUGCUGUGGAAGGGGAUACAACUGCUGCUGAUAGCAGCCUAUGGAUUAGGGCACAUGCAUUGUGACUCCAAAUGUACCGCACUGUAUCUUCACAUUAAUGUGACUCAUAAUAUAUACAAGAAUGUGGCCAGGAGAGAAUAGUUCCACAAUAAAGUUGUUGACCCCA